AUGGGCUUCUGGGCAAUCUUUGAGAUCAUCGGCGUCGUCUGCACGGUCAGCGACUUUCUUUCAGUUCCCUUGUGCCACCCUGGCGACUGGGAUCAAGCAUCCAUCGACAUGAAAACCCCAUCCCAAGCACUCAAGGAACGCUUGGAGGCAUUUCCAGACGAUGUGCGCAUCGAGGUUCCAGACGGUCCCAUCGAUGAGGCUGAAGUCGAGAACAUCAUGGCCUCGGCUGUCUCUAUGAUGAGAUCCCAAGUAAACGUUGAUCCGGAUGCCAUGACCGCAGAGGAGGUCGAGCGCUUCUUGGAUGGACUUUUGGCUCCCAAGCCUACAACCAUGAUGACUGUUGCUACAAGCAAGCCCACCGACCAGCCCCAAUCCUGA